AGAAGGUUGCCUCUUGAUAACUGCGUUUUUGGUGACUAUCGCAACACAUUCAAGUCAAAAGUUGUUGAAGCUUGUUCUGUUAUCCGAAACUUGGUUCUUAGAGCCAAGCUCUUUGUGAAUUAUUACGUCUUGGAAAAUGCCACUCUUGCUGAGCCAAAGUGUAUUAAAUAUAUCUUUACACAAAAUUUUUGGUACUCUAUCAUACAGCUAGUGAAUGGACAAAGACCAACAAAUAGUAGGCUGAUAUCACAACAAUUACUGAGCUCGUUUGAUUCUUUUAAAACGACUUACCCUAAGAUUGUCUUCCCUGUCAAGCUCUUUCCUGGACUUAGUCAAGCCAUUACAGAAGCAUGCACCGAAAUUGCUACUUCCUAUACGAACAGUAUAGUGGAAAAUUUUGAGGAGAAACUUCUCUAUUUUUUGAUAUAUAAAAUACAAACGGCAUUUGUGUGUAUGCCUUGGAAGCUUGUCAAAAAGGUCACAAGUGAUUUCUGCUAUCAAGAGAUAUGCCAAGGAAAACCUAAAUGGCCAACUGAUGACUACCUUACCAAAGAUAUAAAAGCAAAGAUCCAAACCUUUUGUGAACCUUGGAAGAAGAAGCUGGGGAAGAAAGUGAACAUGAAGACAUUAUCUGCUGAUCCUGGGUCUUUCGUACCCUUUUUGUUAUCUUUGAACGCAGAAUUUGAGAGCGAACACGAUGAU